UGCUUAUAAGCCGCGUCGCGCCGCCGCCCCCUCUCCGCAUCUCAGGCACCCUUCCCUCGCCACGAAGACCGCCCCGACCAUGAGGAGCUCCACCCUCGCGUUUGCCGCGUCCCUCCUUGCGCCUGCACUGGCAGCGCAGUCCGAGAUCACCCUCGAAGGAUCCCCUUUCCUCCCCGCGGACGCUUCGCACACCCUCGACCGCGCGCUCGGCAGCUUCAGCAUCGAGACGGCAUUCACGACAACCUUCUUGGGCAACCUUUCUACACCGAACGCCCUCACACGCUCUUUGCUGGAGGGCCUCGCUCAGCGCACGGGAGUCCCUGCGGAGAUUCGAUUCGGGGGUAUCACGGCGGAUUCGACGUAUUGGAACCCCGACUUGGAGGACGAGAUAUACAACUACUACGACGAUGAAGGAACACUGUACAAUACAACCAUCGGACCGAAGUACUUCCAACUGUUGACUACGCUGCUGCCAGCAGGGACGAAGAUCAUCGUAAACUUGAAUUUGCAAGAUAUGGAUACUGAGGGGGCCUUGGCGGUCGCCGCGGGUGCUUUGCAGGGCAUCCCGGAACCGCAGCUCUUCGCCUUCGAGAUCGGCAACGAGCCCGACCACUAUCUCAACUUCACUCCAGAGAAUUAUACCGCCAUCUGGAAGAACAUGGCUCAAAACAUCACCGCCGACCUCGGGCUCGAGUCGCCCAUGUUCCAGCUCGGCGCGACCGCGGAGGACCCACUGUGGCCGUACGACACACCCCAGGCGAAGGGGCAGCUCGACUGCGCGAGCGCGCUCGCGGCGGGGGCGAAUGAGGGCGGCGUUGUGAAGACGUGCAGCGAGCAUACGUAUCAGUAUAGUGUCUGCGACCCCAAACGUGCCGCGGUGGCGACGUUGCCGAACUUGGUGAACCAUACGCGACUGGCUAUGUACCUCGACCUCUGGCAGCCGCGCAUCAAGACCGUGCGAGAAGCUUUGGGACCGGAUACGUUUUACAUCGGCGAAUACAGCUCCGUGUCCUGCUCCGGGCACGCGAAUGUAUCUGACACCUUCGGGCAAGCGAUGUGGCUGCUCGACACCACCCUCUACGCCGCCUCCAUCAACGUCACCAAGCUCUUCACGCAUCAGGGCGGCCCCCUCGCCCUCCAGUCCUCCUCCCAGCUCAACCACGGCGGCCUCAGCCUCUACGACAUGUGGUACCCCGUCGAGAACGUGAACGGCCCGGUCAAGGUCUUCCCCUCGUACGCGGCAUACCUUUUCGUCGCGGAGAUGCUCGGCACUUCGGGCGAUCUGCAGAUCGCCAACCUGUACCCCGGCCGCCAGGAGAACGGCUCGACGAUCACGCCGGCGCUGGGCGAUACCAGCAAGGGACAGAUCAGCGUCUAUGGCCUUUGGGAUGAGGCGCAGCCAGUGUACCCGUCGAAGUUUGCGGUGUUGAAUUUGGAGAUUUAUAAUGUGACGCAGGCUGAGGCCGGUGAGGCGCGUCCGAAUGCGACGGUCGACUUGUCAGCGUACUUGCCCGAGGGCGAGACGACGCUGCGCGUGCGCAGGAUGCAGGCGCCGGGCGCGGACGUGAAAGAGGGCAGCGUGACGCAGUGGGCGGGGCAGACGUACGGAGAGGGCGUCGCGGCGGGCGACCUUGUCGAGGAGACCAUCUCGGGAAAGAACAUCACGGUGGAGGCGUCGGGGGCGGCGUUGAUCUUCGUCGAAGCCUCUGCAUAGGUGAAAGGGAAGUCAACUCGUGGACCUUGGGUCUGAAUGUAUUCUAUCCUCUGAAACUGCUUUCUCGAUGUAUUGACCUGAACCAUCGAAGUCACCAUCGGACGUUUGCAUCCUCCUUCCGUCCUGCCGUUGGACAUGGGCGCUCGUCGUUUUCGGGCACACCUGGAGUUGUC